AUGGAUAAUCCUGAGAUUUGUCACCAACAUGGCCCUAUUGACAAGGUCGCGUCUCCCGAUGGUUUCAACGAUGGCGCACUUCAAUACCUGCAAGUACAAAAGCGCAAGCGAGCCGUUGAAUAUGAUGGUACAUACUAUCAAUCACCGCUCGAUCAGUCCGACAUCAAUGAAGAAGGACAUUUUGCAAAGAAGCGCCAGGCACUUCAGUGGAUCCAUUCAGUGUACGAGCGCGUUGUGCAAGACAUCGAUCGGCUUUUCACAACUUUAUCAAAGGCGAAUAGGCUGGAGUCUGGUGAGAAUACAGAUGAAGAUGAAGAGGAUAUCGUCGUUGCUGGGUCUGAUAAGCUCGUGAAAGAUACUGAAUAUGCCGAUGAUGGCAUUGCAAAAGUGGAGGAAUUCAAAGAGAAGGAUGCCAAAAAUGCAGGCCAGGCUAUUGUGAAAGUGGACAAAAGCGGAAAGAAGGACGUCAACUUUCUCGAGUCUAACAUCAAGAAGGAGCAACAGAAACGUCGUGGCGCCAGAGGAAAUGGGAAAAGGGCCGUUGUAGCUGACAAGAAGUGA